CGGAGGGACAAAAAGAGUCCGUUCUGCUGCCGCCUCCGCGUGCGGCCCUGCCCGCAUCCCGGCGUGCUUUGCGUUUCCGCCGCGCCUGUGUCUCUUCCGUCUUCGAUAGCAGGCCUAGAGGACGGGCCAGGUCGUUGGCAGCGGCAGGAUGUUGGCUUCUAGGGCAUUUAGUUUAGUUAGCAAGCGAGCCAUUUCUACAUCCAUCUGCAUGAGAGGACACGGACAAGCUGUUGUGGGCAUGGAGGACGCCAGCCUCCCGUCUUACGUGGAUCGUCGUAACAUUCCCCUGCCUGAUGCGCAAUAUGUGAAGACUCUCUCUGUUGAGCAGAAGACCCUGAAGGAAAAGGAAAAGGCAUCGUGGAAUGCCUUGACCAUUGAUGAGAAAGUUGCACUGUAUCAUAUCAAAUUCAAUCAGACUUAUGCUGAAAUGAACAAGGGAACAAAGGAGUGGAAGACUGUUCUUGGUGCCACUGCCGCCUUCCUUGGCUUCUGCGGCUUGUUCCUCAUAUGGGAGAAAAUGUACGUUUUUGCGCCUGUCCCUCACACCCUUUCUGAAGACUGGGUGGCCAAGCAGACCAAGAGAAUGCUGGAUAUGAGAGUUAAUCCCGUUGAAGGCCUUUCUUCCAAGUGGGAUUAUGAGAAGAACGAAUGGAAGAAAUAAAAUGACUCCUGGAACCACUGGACUUGUUCUGCUUGAAUUUGCAAUGAUUCCAUUACGUAUCUAUGACCUCAUUGCUUCUGUACUGGAACAAACCCUCCAUUUCAAUAUACCUGCUAAUAAACAUCUGGUUUACUUGAAA